AUGUCCGAAACAAAUAAUACGUCCAUAGAAAAUCAACCAAGUCAGGAAAUAAAUCAAACUACCGAACAACAACCUACAUCCUCAAAUGAAUCACAAGAAAACGUACAGCCACAACAUAAUGAAGAGUCACAAUCUCAAUCACAAUCACAACAAUCUACUCAACCACAACAACAACAACCAGAAACUCCGGCAUCUGCUAUUGAUGGUGGUCGUGAAACCUCAAAUAAAAUAUUAUAUGUUGGAAAUUUACCAAAAUCCGCGUCAGAAGAUCAAAUAAGUGAUUUAUUUUCAGUUUCAAAACCAAUUAAAUCAAUUAAAUUAUUAAAUGAUAAAAAUAAUUUAGGUUUUAAUUAUGCUUUUAUUGAAUUUGAUGAUAAUCAAGAUGCUGAUAUGGCUUUAAAUACAUUAAAUGGUAAAUUAGUAAAUAAUAGUGAAAUUAGAGUGAAUUGGGCAUAUCAAUCAGCAACAAUUACAAAUAGUACAUCAUUAGAAGAACCAAUUUAUAAUAUAUUUGUUGGAGAUUUAAGUUCAGAAGUAAAUGAUGAAUCUUUAAGAAAAGCAUUUAGUAAAUUUGGUUCAUUAAAACAAGCUCAUGUAAUGUGGGAUAUGCAAACUUCAAGAUCAAGAGGUUAUGGAUUUGUAUCAUUUAAUAGAAAAGAAGAUGCUGAAUUAGCUUUACAAACUAUGAAUGGUGAAUGGUUAGGAGGUAGAGCAAUAAGAUGUAAUUGGGCUUCACAUAAACAAAAUAAUACUAAUAAUAAUAAUAAUUUGUAUAAUUCUCAUAAUAAUGGAGGAGUUGGAUAUUUACAAAAUAAUUAUAAUAAUGGUUAUAGAAAUCAUAAUAAUUUUAAUAACAAUCGUCAUCAAUUUAGAAAUAAUAAUAAAAUUUAUCAAAACAAUCAAUAUGCACAAAACGGUCAAUCAUCAUCUAUACAGAAUAAUGGACUUAAUGGGUUGACGUUGAAUGAUUUAGGAUCAAAUGGAAAUCUUUCACAACAAUCACAAUCACCUAUAAAUGGUAAUGGAAUAAAUUCAAAUCAACAGCACAAUAAUAACAAUAAUAAUAAUAAUAACAACAAUAACAACAAUAUAACCUUAAUGUCACCACAAUCAUAUGAUAUAGUUUUAAGACAAACACCAUCAUGGCAAACUACAGUAUAUUUAGGUAAUAUUGCACAUUUUACUCAACAACAAGAAAUGAUUCCAUUAUUACAAAAUUUUGGUUAUAUAGUUGAUUUUAAAUUUCAUCCUGAAAGAGGUUGUGCAUUUGUUAAAUAUGAUUCUCAUGAAAGAGCUGCUUUAGCAAUUAUACAAUUAGCUGGAUUUAAUCUUAAUGGUAGACCUUUAAAAUGUGGUUGGGGUAAAGAUAGACCACCUCAAUAUCAAAAUAGAAGUUAG